GUCUAUGCCUCUCCUUGGGGCAAUGGUGGUCUCCAGUGAUGAUUUUCCCUACAUGUUUACCAUCCAGUCCACUGCAGGGGAUUCCUACAAACUCAGAGCGCUGGACGCCCAGGAGCAAGAGUUAUGGAUGACUCAGCUACAGCUGUGUUCCCGACGCCACUCUGACAGUAGCGUCAAGGUGAUGAACCAGGCUGAAGGACAACAGAAGAACCUAGUCAACUCUAUUGAAUCCCUACCUGCCCGAGGUGGACCCCUCUCUACUCUGGAUGAGGAUCUACUCCUUUUAAAGGCCACUUCUGCAGCCACUUUGAGCUGCCUGGGUGAGUGCCUCAGCUUGCUGCAGCACAAUGUUGUUCAGGCCCUCAACCAGAACCAGAACCAGAACCACAUCCCUCAUCCCAGCAUCAGCCACGGUUCAGCUGGUUUGAAUCAGGCACCUCCCACAGACAGAGUUAGGUCGUGGAGUCAGCGCUGCAGCUCCAGUGUGAACCAGGUGGAGCCUGGUGGCCUUAGGUCCAGCAGCCGAAGCCCAACACCCAGCCUUGGUGAGAGCCAGAGUCCCAGUCACAGCAGCUACCAUGGAAGACGAGGAAGUGGCCAAAACCACGUCCAGAGCCAAGUCAAGGACCCAAGUCAAGGCCGUAUACAUGCAGAUUGUUCCACUGGAGGCUCUAGAUCUGCUUCUGAGAAUCAGGUGAAAAAUGGCGCACAAGCAUCUCUCUACUCCACUCCCUGGCUUUCCUCCACUCAAAAACACAAGGAGCUGGACCUCCCUUCUGAGGGUCUGGCCCCUCAUCUCUCUGUCUGUCUCUCUCUUUGGAUGGUGGACAUGAAAUCCAGCAGGACUCCCAACAAGUCAGCAGUGGUUGAAUGCCAUCCCAACAAUGGACAGCAGCAGGGCCACACCAGCAGCCCAGAUACCUUAGAUCCCAACGAUGAGACCACAGACACAGAGGACAAUGAGGAGGAGGACCUGGGAGUUCUGGACGACCAGAGAAGCAUCAUCAUUCACCUCCUGUCCCAGCUCAAACUUGGCAUGGACCUGACACGGGUGGUGCUCCCUACAUUCAUCCUAGAGAAGCGCUCCUUACUAGAAAUGUACGCCAACUUCAUGGCUCACCCCGACAUGUUCCUCUCCAUCACCUCCGGCUGCACGCCAGAGGAGCGUAUCAUUCGCUUCGUGGAGUACUACCUGACUGCCUUUCAUGAGGGCCGAAAGGGCGCUGUGGCCAAGAAGCCCUAUAAUCCCAUCCUGGGUGAGAACUUUCACUGUUCCUGGUAUGUUCCCCGGGACCGCGUUCAACCUCUCAGGACUACCAACUGCACUGGUUCCAACUCAGCACCCACAGCCACUUCUAACAUUCCCGGGCCCCCACAGAGGGGGGUGGAUGGCAGCAGCAGAAGAAGCUCGGACUGCUACUGUGUUCGCUUUGUGGCUGAGCAGGUGUCCCACCACCCACCUGUGUCAGGCUUCUACUGUGAGUGCAAGGAGAAGAGAAUGUGCGUCAACACUCACGUCUGGACCAAGAGCAAGUUCAUGGGCAUGUCUGUUGGAGUCUCCAUGGUCGGGAAAGGUGUGCUGUAUUUGUUGGAGCAUGAUGAGGAGUAUGUGUUCACACUGCCCUGUGCCUAUGCCCGCUCCAUCCUGACUGUGCCAUGGGUGGAACUUGGAGGAAAGGUCACUAUCAACUGUGCCAAAAGUGGGUACUCUGCCACUGUCACUUUCCACACCAAACCGUUCUAUGGAGGAGAGUUACACAGAGUAACAGCAGAGGUGAAACACAACCAGACAGGAAAAACUCUGUGUAAGGCCCAGGGAGAGUGGAAUGGGACACUGGAGUUCACCUACAACAACGGGGCAAAUAAGGUUAUUGAUACCUCCAAGCUGCCAGUCACCAAGAAGAAGAUCCGGCCCCUGGAGAAGCAGGGCCAGUAUGAGUCACGGCGUCUUUGGCAGCAUGUCACAGCAUCACUGAAGGCAGGAAACAUGGACGCAGCCACAGAACACAAACACUGCCUGGAGGAGACGCAGCGCAGAGAGGGCAAACAGAGAGCUAGCGCCAAAGUCCCCUGGAAACCCAAGUAUUUCGUUAAAGAGGGUGAAGGCUGGGUGUACUACAACCCUCUGUGGAAAGCUCACUGACCAGGAGCCUCAGAAGCAGCUGUCCACUCCCAGACAGCACGUGGGACGACCGGGGCCAGGGGCUGGCCGACUCAGACCUGACGAUAGCGAGAGAGAGAGAGAGACAGAGAAUAAGACAGAGACAGACAGAGAGAGAGGGAGAGAGAUGACGCUCUCUGUGUGCCAGAACUAGAGGUGCCAAAGACUUCCAGUGGAAACUAAACUGUCCUGUCCAAUCAGAAUCACCUCAGCAGUGAGGUGAGAUUGAUCUUACACAGGUACGGCCACUUAUGAGAUUACUGUAUCCAGAUGAGAGAAGUUCCUGGACACAAAGACAGAAUGGGACAGUUUUUUUUCUGACAAUAGAUCCAAACAAACUCUGGUAAACGCCUACUGCCUCACUUACUUUUUAGUUGUUUGCACAAUGUACUCAACAAGUGUUGGUCACAAUAGAUUUGCACAAUUCACUUUACAAUAUGCUGUAUAGAGAUGAGCCAGGACAUAAUGACCACACACCACUGAAGUCGCAGGUCAAGCUCUGUGAUGCUUUAGUAGCUGAGUGAGGAGCUGAUUUUCGUAGUCAACAUUUUAGAUGAGGGAGAACGUGCAGGUGUAAAGACCUGAGCCAGUUGGACGAGGACCAAAGGUCACAGCCAGACCACUGGGUCAGAGUGUCUCUGAAACAGCAGAGCUCAGAGGAAGCUCCCAUUCACAGGUGGUGAACACCUACUGACAGUUGUCUAAUUAGGAACAAACUGAGAACCCAGACAGGGUGUAGGAGGAUGUACUGGAGCGAGUCUGAUCUGCAUUGGCUCCACCUAGCAGGCUUCCAGGACUUUAAGGGUCUGCUGCGAUCUUAGUGGCAGAUACUGCAGGGCUCUUCCAGAGGUCUUGUAGAGUCCAUGUCUUGGUGGACUGGAGCUGUUUUGGCAGCAUGUGAAGGAUAAAAUAGCAUAUUAUACAGAGGAGGUCACAGUGUUCUGGCUCAUUAGUGUGGUGUGGUGGUCAAUGUGUGCGUGUUUAGGUGUAUGUUUGUAAGAAUGGAUAGAUAAACUAUGUAGCCAGUUUGAAAAACAACCCUGAAUGCACAUUUGAUGGAACCCAGAGAACCCAGACACACCACUGUCUAAAUUCCUUUACAGUGGGAUGUGGAGGGAUGAGGUCUGGAGCCCGUGGUUAUAGUUAAAGCUACUUAUAAAGUGAAGUAACUAAUAACUUAAACUAACUUAAACAUGUGACAUUGUUACCCUUACGAUUACCAUUGUUGUUAAUUGUAAGUGGGAAACUCUAUUUAUUUUAUUGUACUCACUGUAUUUAAUGGAUUUGGGAGAGCUGACUUAAAUCAAAUAAGGUUACGAUCAAUAUGUAAGACGAGUAAGCUAAUAUGAUGAUCCUGUCAGUUUCACUGCUAAAUGAAGAAGUAGUGUUAUUAAGUUAGAUUUGUUAGCAUGAGUGGUACCAGGCUUAGGCUCGUAGGUUUCCCUGUUAGUUCACCUGUUACUUCGAAUUCUGUCGUCAUUGGCAAAUGAUUAAAGGAAUUUAUUUCCAUUCGUAUUUAAAUAUUUUGGCCAGAGUUCCAUCUCUGUAUUUCAGGUUUGACAGUUUGUUAACCUGAGUUGUCCCACUGUGUUUCUCUGGUUAAUACAGUGGAGUCCAAAAGUCGGAGACUACCUUCCCAUUCAUGAAUGAAUGGACUCUUUUCAGAAGUUUUGUUUUUUUCUUUAACUUCCAACUUUUCCAUGUCCUGUUCCCCAAACAGCAGCAUCUUACCAUACAGGGCACAAAGCAAUGGCUGACGUAAAUGUACAUGCCUGUUGAGUGUUUGCCAUUUGUAACUGAUAAGCACCAUAGAGCAAUUUGUAGAUGUUUGUGUGAGACCAUCAGGAUCACUGAAGAACAGUGGUAUGAAAUAGUGUAGCUGCCCACUGGAUUACAGUAGUAUGGUUCUUGUGGAGGUACCAGACCAAAAUUGAUUAUUAGUAUACUUAAAGGUCACUGCUUUCUAUGGAUCUAAGUAUGUGAAGUAGCUGACUUAAUGCUAAACUAAACAGUCCUGAGGUAUAUUAUAAGUGGUAUUUGGAUCUUCAGCAUCUCAGCUCUAAAAGCAUUUUCUCUGUUCCUAAUCUGUGGUGAAAGAAAUUUUAUUAUGUAAAUGAUUUUUUUUUUUAAAUCCAUCAAUCAAGGUCACACUGUGUGAACAUCAUUUAUUUUAGUUCUGUUUGGAAGUAUUGUGGUGCCACAUCCAAACACUUUGUUCUCCGUCUCAAUCAUAUAGUCAACUAACCUAUGCAACACUUGACUGUAGACAGUAGUCCCUGAGGGGAGCUGGGCCUGGGA